CCCCCUCUCCUCCUCGCCUCUCUAUCUCUCUGUAAACAGCACUCACCAGUCGAGCUCACUCUCUCCUCUCCUCUUCCCUCUUCUCUCUCCUCAGCGAGGAUGUCAUCCACAAAUUCGAUGAACCAGCGAAGCUCUCAGUCGAGCUGGUGGCUUCUGACAGAGACCCCACAUGAACGGUUGUACCGGACGAGGAGGUACCGUGUUUAAGGAGCUGCGGGGGAAAGGUUUCAGCCGCAGCAGUCCCAAACAGUGACAACAACUAUCAAUUCUCUAGAACAACAGAGCCCUUUGGGACCAUCUCUUCACAAAACUGUCAGAACUGCUGGACACAUGUCACAGGUUGAGCAGGAGAUCUUACUUGUACAAAGGAAGAUGUCUGACCUUGAGUCAGUCCUGCAGCAGAAGGACAUAGAGUUGAAGGCCUCGGAGACUCAAAGGACUAUCCUAGAACAGGACCUGGCAACCUACAUUACAGAAUGCAGUAGUCUGAAGCGGAGUUUGGAACAAGCUCGGAUGGAGGUGACACAGGAAGAUGACAAAGCAUUACAGCUACUCCAUGACAUCCGGGAGCAGAGCAACAAGCUACAGGAAAUCAAAGAACAGGAAUAUCAUGCCCAGUUGGAGGAGAUGAGAGUUUCCAUCCGGCAGCUGGAGGAGGACCUGUCAGCUGCUCGUCGUCGUAGUGACCUGUAUGAGGCCGAGCUAAAAGAGUCUCGGCAGAACAGUGAGGAAUUGAAGAGAAAGGCUGGAGACUAUCAGCAUCGAUUGCAGAAGGCCAAAGAGCAAGGAAAAGCAGAGGCAGAUGAACUCAUCACCAAGCUGGAAAAGACCAAUUCGGAGCAGCAGACCAAGCUCCAUGAUCUUCAAGAGAAGCUGGCCAAGGCAUUAAAAUCCAGUUCUGAAGCUACAGACCAUCUCCAUAGCAUGAAGAUGGCCAAAGAGCGUAUGGAGCGAGAUCUAGAGAGGCUACAGAACAAGGAGGAAUCCAGUGACAGUCUGCGAAGACGUCUCCGUGAGACUGAGGAUGGUAGAAAAACACUUGAGAACCAGGUGAAAAGGCUUGAGAUUGUUGAGCGCCGCGAGACCAAAAUGAAGGAUGACAUCCAGAGCAAGGGCCAACAAAUUCAGCAGAUGGCAGAUAAAAUUCUGGAGCUUGAGGAAGGCCUGCGAGAUUCCCAGGCCACAGCGCAACGGUUGGAAACCCAUCUGAAGCAGAAGGAGAAACUAUACGAAGAUAAGAUUAAGGUGUUGGAGUCGCAAAUGAAGGCGGACAUGGCUGAUAAAGAAAUGUUGGAAUGCAGUCAGAGCAAAUAUGAGGAGGAGGUGCGGGAGAAAUGCAGCAUCAUCAGUGAACAGAAGGCGACUAUAAAUGCAAUGGAGUCCAAGAUGAACAGCCUGGAGCAGAGAAUUGCCGAGCUGUCUGAGGCCAACAAACUAGCAGCCAACAGCAGCAUAUACACCCAGAAAAAUAUGAAAGCCCAGGAAGAGAUGAUCUCAGAGCUUCGCCAGCAGAAGUUCUACUUGGAGUCUCAGGCCGGGAAGUUGGAAGCCCAGAAUGCCAAACUUGAGGAGCAUCUAGAGAAAACAAGUCACCAAGAGCAUACCCACAAGAGUCGGGUCUUAGAGAUGGAAAGCAGGCUCAGAGAGAUUGGACUGGAGCACGAGGAACAGAAGCUGGAGAUCGAGCGGCAGGUGACAGAGGUGACACUUUCGUUGCAAGAGCGCGAAGCCCAGAUCAACAACCUGCAGGCGGCUCGCCGCGCUUUGGAGAGCCAACUGCAGCAUGCCAAGACUGAGCUGGAAGAGACCACUGCUGAGGCUGAGGAGGAGAUCACUGUGCUCAGAGCGCAUAGAGAUGAGAUACAACGAAAAUAUGAUGCUUUGAGGGACAGCUGUGCGGUGAUCACUGACCUGGAGGAGCAGCUGACCUCCCUGACCCAGGAGAAUGCUGAACUGAACCGCCAGAACUUCUACCUGUCCAAGCAGCUGGAUGAAGCCUCUGACGAGAGAGAGGACAGAUUGCAGCUCAGCCAGGAUGUGGACCAGCUGCGUCGAGAGGUGGCUGACCGAGAGAUGCACCUUAACAACCAAAAACAGAACCUUGAGACACUGAAGACUACAUGCACCAUGUUGGAGGAGCAAGUUCUGGAACUUGAGACAUUAAACGAUGAGCUUCUGGAGAAGGAGAGACAGUGGGAUGCCUGGAGGACAACUCUUGAAGAGGAGAAGAACCAGGCUGAGAGGAGGACCAGGGAGGUCCAAAGAAUGCUGGACACCGAGAAACAGAACAGACUUCGUGCUGAGCAGCGCAGCUCUGAGUCUCAUCAGGCUGUGGAACAGGCCGUUACGGAGCACAAAGCCGAGAUGUUGGCGCUACAUCAGAUUCUCACAGACCAGAACCUCAAAGCUGAGAGCCUUGCAGACACUUUUAAUGAUUUGGAGAAGAAGCAUACCAUGUUGGAGAUGAAUGCGCAUAGUUUGCAGCAAAAGCUGGAGAGUGAGAGGGAUCUGAAACAGCGGCUGUUGGAUGAGCAAGAGAAGCUUCAGCAGCAGAUGGAUGCUCAGAAGGCACAUAUCUUUCGUCUGACCCAGGGCCUGCAAGAAGCCCUGGACCAGACUGACCUGCUAAAGACGGAGAGAACUGACCUGGAAUAUCAACUGGAGAACAUCCAGCUCCACCUGCAGGCUGUCUACUCCCAUGAGAAGGUGAAAAUGGAGGGGACGAUCACCCAGCAAACGAAGCUCAUAGACUUCCUUCAAGCCCAGGCCCACGGAGGUUCAAAGAAGAAAAAGGGUCUUUUUGGGCGUCGGCGCGAGGACCUGUUGGCUGCCAUGGCUGCUCAGGCGCAGGCCCAGGGACAGGGACAGAGUCAGGGCCAGGUCUCCCCUGUGUCCUCCAUCCAGCCAGUUCCCCUGCAGUACAGUGACAUGAAGGUAGCGCUGGACAAAGAGCGAACACGCUCCUCUGAGCUUGAGGAUGCUCUUCAGAAAAUGAGAGCAGAACUGCGGUCUCUGAGAGAGGAAGCACUCCAAUAUAAAGAUCAUAACAGCUCCACAAACCCAGCAACAGCACGACAACAGAUGAUGAUGUCUGCCAUGGUGAAGUCUCCUGACCACCAGCAAGUCCCACCGAGCCUGGUACCUUCCAACUCGGGGCGCAGGAAGGAGGUUGCCACGCCUGAGGAGAGAAGGAGGGUCACUUUUGAAAUUGAUAUGGCAUGGGGCAUUGAGGGUGUAACAGAAUCAGACGGAAUGAAGCAGCCUGCCCUCACUGUGACCCUGCCCUGGUUGUAUUCAGAAUAUAGCCGGCGAAUGAAAGACAGUCAGCGGGAAAGAGAAAGAGAGAGGGUGCACCACCACACCGCCCACCGCUUCACAGUGGGACUCAACAUGCGCGCCGCCAAGUGUACCGUGUGCUUGGACACAGUGCACUUUGGUCGACAAGCCGCCACCUGUCUCGAAUGUCACGCCCUGUGCCAUCCAAAAUGCUCCCCGUGCCUUCCAGCGACGUGCGGCAUGUCGAGCGACUGCUCUCUGCAUCUGUCCGAGGGCUUGUGUCGGGAGAAAGGCAACCCUUCAGGCCAGCCGCUCAAAGACGCCAGUGGACACUUGCACCUGGAGGGAUGGAUGAAGCAGCCCAGGAAUGGAAAGCGAGGCCAAGGCUGGGAGAGGAAAUACAUGGUCCUGGAUGGGACGAAAGUGUCCAUCUACGAGAUAGAACCCAGAGAAGAUUCGGUUAAGCCACUGGAGGAGUUUGACUUGUGCAUGUCUGAUGGAGAAGUCGAGGUUCACGGAGCGGUCGGGGCCACCGAGAUACCCAACACAGCCAAAUCCGAUGUUCCAUACGUGCUGAAGCUGGAGUCCCGUUGCCACCCCCCUUGCUGGCCUGGACAGUCCAUUUACUUCAUGGCUCCCAGUUUCCCAGACAAGCAGCGCUGGGUGGCUGUCAUGGAAUCCGUCGUCGCCGGGGGGCGAGUCUCUCGCGAAAAGGCUGAGGCUGACGCAGCUGCUGUGUCCAAAAGACAAAUGGUUCUAUCUCCUCUGGUCCAGAAGCUCCUGGGAAACUCUCUCUUGAAGCUGGAAGGAGAUGACAGGCUCGAUAUCAACUGCACCCUUCCACUUACAGAUCAGAUAGUUCUGGUGGGAUCGGAGGAAGGUCUGUAUGCCCUCAACGUAAUCAAGAACUCCCUGACUCACAUUCCUGGCCUGGGAUCAGUCUUCCAGAUCCACAUCAUCAAGGAGAUGGACAAACUCCUGAUGAUUGUUGGGGACGAGAGGGCAUUGUGCCUGGUGGAGAUCAAGAGAGUGAAGCAGUGUUUGGCCCAGUGCCACCUGCCCAGCCAGUCCGAGCUGGCUCCGUACAUAUUUGAGACGGUCAAAGGAUGCCAUCUGUUUGCUGCCGGCAGAAUAGACAACGGGUCCUGUAUUUGUGCUGCAAUGCCGAACAAGAUCACCAUUCUACGCUACAAUGACAAUCUCAGCAAAUACUGCAUUCGUAAGGAGAUUGAAACUAUGGAGCCUUGCAGCUGCAUCCACCUGACGAGCUACAGCAUUAUCCUUGGCACCAACAAAUUCUAUGAGCUUGAGAUGAAGCAAUUUGUACUUGAAGAGUUCCUGGAUAAGAAUGACAUGUCGCUGGCCUCGGCGGUGUUUGCUGCCUCAUCCCACAGCUUCCCCAUCGCCAUCAUGCAGGUGGCCAGCAGCGUGCAGAAGGAGGAGUAUCUGCUGUGUUUCCAUGAGUUUGCUCUGUUCGUGGACACGUAUGGACGGAGGAGCCGCACGGACGACAUCAAGUGGAGUCGCCUGCCUUUGUCCUUUGCCUACAGAGAGCCCUACCUGUUUGUCACCUACUUCAACUCACUGGACGUCAUCGAGGUUCAGGGCCACGCUGCUUUGGGACCUUCAGUGCUGGCCCACCUGGACAUCCCCAGCCCUCGCUAUCUGGGCCCGGCCAUCUCCUCCGGAGCCAUUUAUCUGGCUUCGUCCUACCAGAACAAACUACGAGUCAUCUGCUGUAAGGGCAGUCUGAUCCGAGAGUCAGGAGAGCUACAGAGGACCGGCUCCAGCAGAGGGAGUCCCAGCAAGCGAGGCCCUCCCACCUACUCGGAGCACAUCACCAAGCGCUUGACCUCGGGCCCCGGCAGUCACGACGGUCUGCAUCGAGAGCCGAGCACCCCUCACCGCUAUCGAGAGGGACGCACCGAGUUCCGGCGGGACAAGUCUCCGGCCCGCCCCUUGGACAGGGAGAAGUCACCCGGUAGGGUGCUGGACAGCCGCAGGGAGAGAUCUCCUGGACGGUUCGGGGACAGCAACCGACUCGCGGCUGGUUCUGUGCGGACGCAGCUGGCCCCUGUUAACAAGGUGUGGGAUCAGUCGUCGGUGUGAGAGGUCGUCGGUGUUCCUUUUGGACAGGCUAAUGACUCACACUUGACUGACAGACAGCCAUAUUGCCUGUAACACAGUCACACAUCUUCAUUUGACCACAAACCUGAGACAUGCUUUUUGGGGGGAGCGUAUCCGACAAUAAAAUCGGUGGCAGGGAACACACGUCCGGCAUCUAUUUUAUAAUAGAUCACCGGCGUAUAUGUAAAUAAUGCUAGGAGUUUUUAUAAAGGGAAAAGUCGGCCAGUAAAGCCAUGUCUAUUUUUUGUAAAACAAGAGUUUCUAAAGAUGUUGCAGGGAGACUCACACCAUGAUUAUAACGGAGCUGUAUUCAUGAUGGUGAGGAAUAGGUCGAAACAUUUUGCACAUGAAUCAAUUGGAUUUGAACAAGAUGUAAAAACGUAUUAUUUUUUUGUUUUCCUCCCCCACACUGAACGUGAGGUCCUCUUUCUUGACUGGAUCUCCUUUGAUACACACUCAUUGCAUAUAGAAGUGCUUCACUGACAACAAUGUUGCCUUGUGUUGUUUCUAAAGCUGCCUCAUCUUGCUCUCGUUGGUCCACAGCGGCCUCUGUCUGUGCAGUGACAUGUAGUAGAUGUCAGAGGUGCCGUUUCUUUAGUGCCUGUUUGACCACCUCAUCAGUGAGCAUGACAUACAGUAUUUAGAGCAGCUUGAUUCUUUCUCCUGGUUAUUUUCUGUCAAACUUUCGUUCGAUAGCUAGCCGAUGUUAGUGCGAACUAAAGAUUUUCCUGAUUUUUAGAUAUCUGCACAAGACAUUAAAACAUGUUUGA